AUGAGUAUAUAGAUUGGUUCAAAUGUGACUUUCAAUGAUGUAAUAAUGAGAAAUUUAGAAAAUCAUAAUUUCCCAUUGAUAAAAGCUAGUUAAGCGAUCGUGAUUUUCACCAAUACUUAGAUAAAUGAUAUUUCUUAAUCAGCAGGCUUUUUAUUCAAAUUUUUCAAGGUCACUAGCACCAUAUUUGAAAAUACAGUUAUUCAUAAUAGUAGUGGAUCUAUUUUAGACUCAAAAGAUAGCCAGAUUAGAUUUCUUGGAAUGAGCAUAUUCAAUCAUACUCACACAAAUUAGUAGGAGAGUUUGAUAUAAUUUGUAAAAUGUGAUGUUAGAAUUUAAGGUUAAGACAUCAUCCAAAUUUCCACUUAUUAAAGUAUAUAGCCAAUUUUCAAACUAAUUUGGUCAACUGCUAUGUUAAAUAACUUUUAUGCAUCUAACUUUGAAAAUAAUCUUAUCUAUUUGUCAAAUUCAGUUGUGAAAAUGAAUACUGCUUAAAUAUAAAAUGCUCUAUAAACUCCUUUAAGUGACUAACUUUAAGGAAUGGCCAUACAUUCAAAAUCCUCUAAUUUGACGAUUUAAUUUGGAACUUUUAAGAAUCUUACUUCAACUAUAGCUGGAGCAAUUUACUUGAAUGGUGAAAAUCAAAACAAUUACAACAACUAUUUUUAGAUAAAUAAUUCAACCUUUACCCAAAAUACAGCUCAAGAGUCUGGAGGUUCAAUCUAUGCAUAAAAUUAAGAUUUAUUGAUCAGAGAUAAUUUAUUUCAGUAGAACAAAGCAAUUAAUUAAAAUGGCGGAGCAAUAUUCCUGUCAUGUUCUUCAAUCUUCUAUAAUUGCGAUCACUCUAUUUGGAGAAAUACAUUCAAAACUAAUCAAGCCAUGCUAGAUGGAGGGGCAAUAUUCUUUGAUUUAAUGCAGCCAGAGAUGCUUAUGAAUAAUAAUUACAUAAAUAAUUCAGCUAGUUAUGGGCCUAAUUAUGCGUCCUUUCCGUUUGAAGUUAAAAUACUUAGUAAAGCAAAAUACAACUCUAGCAGUCAAUUAUUCUAGGAUUAAUUGGUAAAGUUAUCGUAACAAAUUCCCCAUUAAGCUAUGAAAGGUGUGAUUGAAUUUAAGAAUGUAUCAAUUCUAUCUACUAUUGGCUAUUAGUCUAAACUUCAUUUCAUCUCUAAAAACAUUAAAGCUGAGAAAUAUAAAGCACUUAAAGUAACUAAGCUUUUUAAAGGUGAGAUACUAAAGGAUAAUAUCUGUGUGUCCUGCUCAUGGGGUUUCUAUUCAUUUGAUGAAAACGAUAAAUAAUGUUACCCUUGCUUCAAUCAUGGAAUAUGCAAAGGUUUAAAUUAAACUUAUCUUAGAAAAGGAUUUUGGAGAAGCUAAAAUAGUACUUCCAAAAUUUAUCAAUGCCCUAAUCCUGAUAGCUGCUUAGGUGGAAUGAACUCGGAUUGCUCUGAUGGUUACUCCGGUAGACUCUGCCAAACAUGCUCUAUUAAUAAAAAUGGGACACUCUUUGUAAAAACAUAUGAAAACUACUGUACCGAAUGUGAUAAUAUCUCUACUAUUGUUGCAAAAAUGAUUGGCAUAGGAUUUUUUGUCGCAUUACUAGCUGGAUACAUCAAUUAUUGUCUUAACAACAAUGCAGUUUAAAAUUCUCCUCUGGUUGUGCUUUUAAGAAUUCUUAUUAAUUACUUCUAGAUGAUAUAUUUGGUGGUUAAAUUCGACAUUACUUGGCCAUAAGAAGUUUUGUAAACUCUAGAGAUAAUCUCUUUUUAACAAAAUUCUAAACAUUUUGCUUAUUCAUUAGAUUGUAUCUAUGCUUAUUUUGAUAAUCUUGGAAUGCCAAGAUUUUAUUUCAGGACUAUGAUAAUUGGGUUAGUUCCUUUUUUUUACUGGAUUAUCGGCAUAAUAUUCUGGAUGUAUCAAGCAGUUAGAUUGUUUAUUUGUGAAGAGUUUAAUGAUGGGCUAUUUCUAAGAGCAGAUUAUGAGCUAGAAUGCUGGACUUCAGAUCACUCAUUUAUUGUCUACUUUAUCGGUUUGCCUAUCAUUACUUUUUGGUCAUUCUUAGUUCCAUUAUAUAUCUCUUUUUUGGUAAUGUUCUGUGGUAUGUUAUUUGAUAGGGUAGAAGUGCAAGAUUCGUUUAAUAUUGUUGAUUAUGAGUAAGACCUUUAAGAUUACAAAAAACUUUUAUCUAAUAAUUAUCAGAAGAUAUUAAAUAGAUAAAUAAGCAAUGUACAUGAGAGUGUAAUGAUUGGCAAGAGAAUUGUACCUAGAAAAUCUUCUUCAUUUUUAUUUGUUGAUCCAAUUGAGGCAAAGGAUAAGAAUUUACCUUCUGCGAAGGAUAAAUUGAGAACCUCAGCAAGAACUCUAUUUACUAUGAAUAAUAUUUCGAAUACCUAUUUUGAAAGUAGCUCUGAUUAAGGGUAGUCUCCAAAAAAAUCGUCAUUUUCUACAUUAAAGUCUAAAAGAAAAACUGUGUAAGUUGCCACAACCAAUUUAAACAAACUCGAUGCUUAGCUUAAGGAUUCACCAACUUUCCUAACGAGAAAAAGGAAAUCAAUUGUAUAUGCCAACGAUAAUUAUGUCAAAUAAGCCAGUAAAAAUUUUGUUAAUGUGCUGCCAGGUAGAAGAAUAUCAAAAAUGAUCAGUGAGUAAGACAUUAAUGCCCUCGAAUAGCAAAAUUAGAAUUUGAAUUAAUUAUCACAGAUGAACUUACUCAGUAUCAGUAAUACAGAUACAAUGCAUUUUUAAUCAGUAAAUAAUAGGGAUUUAACUAACAACAAUAAUACUCAAUAAAAUCAAAUAAAUCAUAUGUCAAAUAUGUCAAAUCUCUAUUCUUAAAAUGAGUUGAAAGUAGAAGAUAUGAGCAAUAAAGGAGAUUAAAGUGCUGAUGGCUCAAGAAAGGGCUUAAUGAAAAACUAUGAAUUUAAAGAUUAUUAUAAAAAAGCAAAUGCCCCUUGGAAAGCAAGAGGAAGUAUAUUAGAGGUUCCCAAAAUCUAAGUGAGUCCUUUUAUGGAUGAUGUAUAAAUCAUAAAGUAUGAUUAAAAUACUAUAGAGGAUAGAGUAAAUAAUAGAAAAAAUAAGAAAAUGAGCACUAAGACUGUGAUUUCUUGA